GCUUUCAGAUUUAUAUAAGAAUUAAGAUUUAGACGUAUCAUAAUCAAAAUGUACAAUAUACCGAGGUCUGUCAUUUCCAAACAAAUACAUAUACAAAAGACAAUAGGGAUUAAAAGGGGUUUCCUGUGUAAUACAAUGGCAACUAGCACACUCUCGUCCUUAUCUCAAGUUCACCAGGCUCAAAGUCCUGUACUCACUACCACAACCCGUUCAUUCUCCGCCGCCUCUCCGCGUCAGCAACCCUCCAACGUCGGAAAUGUGGGACUAGCGGAGCAAGAUACCAUCGUCAGCCAGCAGGCUCACGAGCCGUUGACCAUCAAUGGAAUCAAGGCGCGGAGAGCGAAGGCCGGGAAGCUGAUCGCCCCGACCGCCUCUUACUCGGACAGUGAUAUGUUCAAGUCUCCCCAUGCCCUCAGUAAACCCAAAGCAAAACGCUGGGACCACAUCCUAACCGAAGAAGCCGUCUCCCGCAAACCCUGCAACCUAAAACAAGCCGCCAAGCACCUCAAAAAACCCGGCCUCAUCUCGCUGGGCGGGGGUCUCCCCUCCGCCUCCAACUUCCCCAUCGACCACAUCAGCAUGCACGUCCCGGCGCCCCCCAGCUUCGAAAGCGGGGACUCGGCCACCGCUCAUGCGGGGAAAUACGACGUCGCGAAGGACGAGAACGGGGGCGUGUACGAUCUCGCCAUAGCGCUGAACUACGGACAAAGCGUAGGGUCUGCGCAGCUGCUAAGAUGGGUCACCGAGCACACGGAGCUGACGCACGCGCCGCCGUACGGGGACUGGAGAUGCGCGCUGACGAUCGGGAGCACGGGGGCGCUGGAGCAGGCUUUCCGGAUGCUGUGUGAUCGCCGCAGAGGCGACGCCGUGUUGACGGAGGAAUACAGCUUCUCGACCGCGCUGGAGACGGCGGCGCCGUUGGGGAUUAAAGUGUUUGGCGCGAAGAUGGACGGGGAGGGGUUAUUGCCCUCGAGCAUGGAUGAGAUUCUGGGGGGUUGGGAUGAGGCGAAGAGAGGCGCGAAACGGCCGACGGUUUUGUACACGGUGCCGUCGGGGCAGAACCCCACUGGGGCGACGCAGAGCGCGCAGAGGAGACGCGAGGUUUAUGAGGUUUGUCGGAAGUAUGAUGUUUAUAUCCUUGAGGACGAGCCGUAUUAUUACCUCCAGAUGCAGCCGUAUACCUCUACCACCCCCCACGAUCACACUAGGCCGGCUCGGGUCGAUGAGGUCCCGCCGCCUGCGACUAUAGAAGAAUUCCUCGAGGGUCUGGUUCCUAGCUUACUUAGCAUGGAUGUAGACGGACGGGUGAUGCGGAUGGAUUCGUUCAGCAAAGUCGUUGUGCCGGGGUCGCGGGUGGGCUGGAUCACGGCGAGCGAGCAGAUUGUCGAGCGGUAUAUCCGACACGCGGAGUGCUGCAGCCAGGGCCCCAGCGGGCUCUCGCAGCUUAUGAUGUACAAACUCGUGGAUGAGACCUGGGGGCACGAAGGGUACUUGAAAUGGCUCAUGCAUAUACGGCUCGAGUACACGCGUCGGCGGAAUACUAUCUUAGCCGCGUGUGAAGAGUACCUGCCUCGGGAGAUCGUGAGCUGGGUACCGCCGGCCGCCGGCAUGUUUCUCUGGCUCCAAGUGGACCACACCCAACACCCCCAAGCCGCCACAAAAUCUAUCCUCGAGAUCGAGGAAGACAUCUUCAACUCCUGCAUCGACAAAGGCGUCCUCGCCAUCCGCGGGUCCUGGUUCCGCGCGGAGCAGGACGUGCCACCAAGCGGCCUCUUCUUCCGCACAACCUACGCCGCCGCGUCCGAGGACGACAUGGCGCGUGCCAUCGAGCGGUUCGGCACCGCCGUGCGUGAGAGCUUUGGUCUCGCUUCUCAAUAGAUUUAUCCGGAACGGUAUCGGUAUCGGUCAACGGGAACUGGAAGUUUUGUCGGGGAAAAAACGGGGGUUGGGGUGGGGGAACUGGGACUCGAAGACCGGACUGGUGGUGGCUGCAUUAUUUAUCGUCCGGGAAUCGGGAUACAGCAUAGCUAGAUGAAGUCCAUUGGGAGUUGGUGUUAGCAUGUUAUCGUACAUAGCAUUUACGCCGCAGGUACCUGAGUUAACAACUAGAGACUUUUGCAUAACAUCAAUAGCUUCUUAAUAACUCAUUAGCAUAGAGUUCGAAGCAAAUUUACCUUA